UGACUUUUUCGGCAAGACAUCUCACCCGUCGCCGUCGGAUCUGAUCUGACGUUCGAGAGAUCGGAGAAUUCCACAGUCAAACGUAAACCUGGAAUUCUUGAUCUUGUUUUACAACAUUUACAUUGGUUAACGUUUGAGACAGAGAUCUGAUACUAUCCUUUAUUUUCUCGUGUUACCAGAAAUACCGCUAUCUUUGUUUAAUACUGCCACGUUCGCCAAAGACAGCUCGCAAUCGGGAAAAGGGUGUUGAGGCCAGGGGCCAGGGCCAGGCUCGGCAGGGAGAUCAGAUAGAGGAGUCGUUUGGAUCGGAACAUCUCCAUGUCUGAGCUGGCGAGACUUAAUAAAAAGGAUCAAUCAAACAAUCAACUUUACCGACAAUUUCUUUUGAACCAUGGUGAAAGUCAUCACAGUAUCGUUGGAGCCAAGGCCAACCAUGAACCUGAUAGUAAUACGAUGAACGAUCAAUCCCCUACAAUGAGUGUCAUAUCAGCUACCGCUGCUAGAGCAGGAUACCUCCAGCAUAGACCAGGAGGAGCUCUUGGUCGAUGGAAGAAGAGAAGAUCUUGGUUUGUCCUUGACCGUUCCACAUGCUAUCUUCUAUUCUUCAAAUCUCAACAUGAUACAGGACAACCCCUUGGUGUUAUCGAUGUCAAGGAUGCUUGCAUCUCACUUCUUCUUGAACAUUCCAACCAAUUCCUCAUUGCGAGCGGAGGGAAGGAGCACAUUCUUACAGCUGAUAACCACAGGAGUAUGAUGCAAUGGUUACAAGCCCUGCAGGAAGUGCGUGAUCAGUUUAUUACAACAAGGAAGGAGCGGACAGUUCCCAAGUCAUUCUCUCAUAAACCCAUCGUGGCUGCUACACCAACUAAGGGUCUUGCGGCUGAGCCUUCCCCUGCACCCAUCAGACGACAUAGCACAGAAAAGAGAUCCACCCUGCCUGGAUCUACAGCACCAGGUGUCACGACACCAGGGUCACUAACACCGGGUGCAUUUACACCUGAUGGAGUAGUAUCGGGGUUCAAUACACCUGGUGCUGUAACACCUGGUGCUGAGAGUGACACCAGUGUGGAGAGUGGUGCAAGAAGGGAUUUUGCAUCGGCGUUCCUUUUACCAAGCCCAGGGACUCCAACGGCUUCUUUCAAUGGUUCUGUACCAGCUGAUUCUCCUGACCUAUCACCAACGUCUAUCAGGAGUUCAAUCAGUAUAGCAUCUACAGACGACAUAGGAUCAGUAAGUGAUCUCAAAGAACCAUCAUUAUCACUCGUCAGAGAAAACAGUGAACAUAGCAUCAGUGAUAAAGAUAGUAUGGUGUUUGAAGAAUCCAAGACUGAAGAGGAUGGAGACGUUGAGAGUACUAGUGAUGCAGGAACAGAAGAUGACCUGGAAGAAUUGGACAAAGAGACACUUAUACUUAGAUUACAGGCCGCCAGGGAAGAGAAGAUUGAAACUCAGAGGAAGUUAAAAAGUGCAAUGAACCGAGAGACCACAUACCAGCAGAUGUUAAAGAAGAGAGAGCAGGACAUCAUGAGAUUGGAUGAUAAACUUGGACAAUUGGAACAGGUGCAGCAUCUUAGCAGGGACCUGUUGAACGAGGAGGAUUUGAAGACGGCUAGAAGGAACGUCCUUGAUCUUCAAGAUACUCUCAAGAUGUACCAAGAACAGAAUGUCUUCCUCAACUCAGAGGUCAGGAAACAAGCUGGACUUAAAUGCAGAGCUAGGGCCAAGAUGGAAGGCAUGCAAAGGAGAAUAGCCCACAUGGAUGCUGAGCUGUCUAAAUGUAAACGAGAGUUCAUUCACCUUAUGACCUGUCAUGUAGAGGUCACAUCACUGGACCAUAAGGAUAACAUUCCAAUGAAGCUAGACUGGUCGGAUCCAAAAUACAAGAGAUUCCUAGAGAUGUAUGAUAGUGCAAGACAGAAAGAUGUCACUCUCCCAGAUCCAAGGGUAGCGAUGUCAGAAGGGAUCACUGAUCAGUAUGGAUUUCAACAGUAUCAUAACAAUCAACCUCUCCUAUUCCAUCAAGUCUGUCAUCUUCUUGAUAGGCAUAUCCAAGGAUACUCAAGGAAAGAAUCUGAGCAUCGGAAAGCAUGGGAGGCAUACAUACAGAAACAUGAUCACAACUUUGUUGAUCAUCAGAGUGAGAUGCAUAAUUUGGUAUAUGGAGGAGUACCCCCUGAGUAUCGGAGUGAAGUUUGGACACAGCUUAUCAUGGAUAGAGUCAAAACAAUCAAAGAAGGAAAGGGAGAGAACUAUUUCCAAUCUCUGUGUGAUCAAUGCGAUACAUCACCAGCUGUAGAAACAUACCGUCGUCAAAUCAACUUAGAUCUACUCAGAACUAUCCCUCAUAAUACACACUUCAACAAUGAACAUUCUAAGGGGAUAUCCCAGUUGAGGCAGCUCCUUGAAGCAUUCUGUGUUCACAAUCCUGAGAUUGGUUAUUGUCAAGGAAUGAAUUUCAUUGCUGGAAUGAGUCUUCUAUUCAUGGAUAUAGAAACAGCUUUCUGGUGUCUGGUUGCAGUUGUAGAGUACUACUUCCCCCACAACUACUUUGAUGCUAGUUUGAUAGGAGCUCAAGCCGAUCAGUACGUCUUGAAAGAGAUCCUUCAAUGUCGAUUACCACGAUUGCACGCCCAUCUUGAUGAUGUUGGGGUUGAGAUGUGUUCGUUCACUCUCAAUUGGUUCCUUGCUAUCUACUUUGAGGUGGUCCCAUUCAAUACCUUACUGAGGAUCUGGGAUUGUUUCCUUCUGGAUGGUCUCUAUGUUCUCUUCCAAUUCUCAAUGGCAUUACUACAGUAUCAUGAGGAAGCUUUGUUGAGCAGGAAAGACAUUCUAGCUCUGCUCAAAGACACUAAACAACUCUGUAAACUCAGCUACAACAUAGAGAACUUGGUUCAGAUGGUGAAGGACAACAUGAAAGAAUUUCAAUCCUGGAGUUGGAUCGAGGAAAGACAGGCUCACUACAUGAACAACCUACAGAAGGUAUACGAGGAACAGGAGAGGGCAAGACAAGAGUUUGAAAAGCAAGAAGGUCUAACAAGCAGUGUACAAACCAUUACACAAGGACCUACAUCUGGGACUGAAGAAUGUUCCUAUGGAGAGGUUUCUGAUCAUGAUCUAAAGAUGGACUGUGCUGUAGAGUACUCACAAGGAGGUUUGUUGGUAUGUCGGGGUGAUAUCAGGCAAGGUUGGAUCAGUCGGGUUGAUGUACAGCAGUGCUCCAAACAGAACAUUGGUGCUAGGCUUGACAGUAGGGUGAUCUGUAUGUCAAUGGCUGGUCCAGACUGUGUGCUUCUUGGUACCCUAUCAUGGUUUCUGUAUCUCUUCAAUGUACAAACUCAGCAAGAGCUAUGGUGUGAGAGAUUACGGGACACACCACUCUGUGUCAUACAUGAAGGCAACACAAGGAAUGUUUAUGUGGGACUGGCUGAUGGUACAUUGGCAGUUAUGGAGGGCAUCAUCAACUCUCGUCCAUCUGAAGUGUUCUACCAUGCUAUCGGAGCAUCUCCUGUACGAUGUAUUCAACUCAUACCAGAUCUCAAUCAAAUAUGGUGUGCUUCAGGAAACUCUGUCAAUAUCCUCAACAGUUCCCUGAACGUCCUUGAUGGCUUUGAGAUGUCUAAGAAUCCUAAUAAUCACAUUCAGAACAUGGCAUUGAGUGAUAGAGGUGUAUGGAUUAGUAUGCGUGGUUCAUCAUUCAUCACACUAUGGGAUAUACAUUCACUAUCAUGUCUGCUUAUAUAUGAUACAUCUUCUGAUCAACUUCCAAUCUUUAAGGUUCCCAAUGAUCAGGCAUCAAUGUCCCGUAUAUCUGCUGUCAUGCCAUAUAACAACACACUAUGGAUCGGUACAGCUGAUGGUCACCUUACUAUCUAUGAUGUCAUUGAUGUAGAAGGUCAAAACCUUCAUUCUCUUACAAGAUCUGAAGAUGAACUUGAUGUCAAAUCUAACGGCGAUGAUGAGGGCGUGGCCUAUCAAAGUGAUGAUGCCAUAGCAACUGGCUCGGAUGAUGAGAAGACUUCAGAAGCAGAGAGAAGCUCUCAGGAGAACAUCGUUGAUAGCGGGAUGGGUGGAAGCAAAGAGGGGCUAAAGACCGGUGAUGAAGAUGAGGAGGAUGACUUUGAGAAGAAAGAUGAUGAGAUGAAGAAAGAAGGAAGUCAGAAUAACAGAAGAGCUGAGUUGAUGUUGCCAGAGAUUGAGACGGCUGAAUCUAAGAUGAGGAAGUCAAAGACAUUGGAGGAGUUUGUUGUGGUUGGAAGAGAUGAGGAUGGCGCAGAGUAUGAGGCGUCUGUCUUUGAGAACAGUCUAAAGAAUGGUACAAUGAACAGUGAUAAACACAGCAUAAGGGAAUAUGCCAUCAAGAAUAGAAGACCAAAGAACUCUAGGAAGAGGCUGGAUAGUCCCCGCAAUCUGAAGAAGCUCCUUCAUCCUAGACAUAAAUCAACAUCAAGCGAGAAAUCAGGAGAAGAGCAAACAUCACCAACCAGUCGCACCAGCUCACAUCAUAAAUCUAAAGACAGAGUUCAGUCAGUGCUCGGUAAACUCACUCAUCGGUCGUCAACAAAGAAACAUAAGAAAUACCGCUACAGCCGAGAGCUACGAGAAGAAACAAGACGUGGCUCUCGCAUCGGCUGUGACGACGCAACGUUGGAUUCUCUUCUAGAGGUAGCCAAUGGAUCGGUACCGACUGGGGAACCUUUGAUGGAGAAGGAAGAGGAUAAAUCUCGGUACUCGACACUGACCCCUAAAGGAUCGUCCUUUGACCCCUCAGAGAUUGACGUCUAUCAGCAAUGUGAACUGAGGUGUGAAGCAAAGAGGAAAAUAUCCGAACAACAAGUUAGGAUCCUUGUCCUUACCAGCUUGGAAGAUAAACAGCCAUGCGUUGUAAGCUGUGCCGGUUACUAUGGCGAUGAUGAAUCAAUUCUCAGAUGGACGUGCCAUACGAGAGAGAAUGUCUGGAUGCAGGUACCAAUAGAAGACAUUACUUAGAAAGCUGGACAUCAUUGUAAGGUUUAAAGGAGAGCAACUAUUGUACUACAUCAGCUCAGGUUGGAAAAUGGUCGUCGCUUGACCGCUAUAUACCAAAUCAGUUAUAUAUCGAAUGUUAUAUUACCAUGGCAACCGUUUCAUGGUAUGCAUGCUUCAUAUUGAAUGCAAGAUACUUUCUCUUUCUUCUUACUUCCUCUCUAUUUCAUUUCUUCCUUCUGUAGCAUAAUGGAUUUUCCAAGGACAUUUAUCAAAUGUCAAAAAAAUUAUGUCUUUAACACAAAUCUGUUGAUGUGAUGAAAUGAUAUUGAGAAAAAGUUGUUUAUUUCACCGAUGUUUUUUCCAAAAAUUGGACAAGAUCUAGUGAAAACAAGGCAUUUGUUGGCAAAAAUUAAUGUUCACACCAUGUGAAAAGAACACCUUCCUAAGAAGAUUUCUUAUGUAUGUUGAUGUCAUUUUUCAAUUAAGUAUUUGUUGCGUUUGAUUCAAAGAACACAUCAAAAUGCUGAUUGGCAGGUUUCAAUUAUUUUGGGUGAAAUAUUGUAUUUACUGUAGGAAGUACUUGAACCCUCCAUCUUCUUUUCAAAAUCUAUUUAGAUGGGUUUAUUGCUUGACUAUUUUUCUUCUUCCUGUUUUUUGUCAAGAAAGAUCUUUGGAUGUGAUUCAUAUGUGAAAAAAUGUAUAUAAUGCAAUCAAAGAGCAAUUUGAAUUUCAACAAAAACUGAAUAAAACGUGAAGAUCGUUAUCGCAGCAUACAGUGUUUCUCUUUAUUCAUAUGAAGUAGAUUUUGUCAGUACUUAGUAAAGUGAAUAGAUUUCAAAGAUUAAAAUAUUCUCAUAUUGAUAAUGUUGAUUUAAAAGCAAAAAUGAAUGCUUUUGAAUGUGUACCAUAGAUAAAACUGAGUCUAAAAUUUAAAACAGAAAACUUUAAAAGGUGAAGGACAUAUGUAUAUGUGUAUGUAUAUUAAUAAUAGGCAUAUUGUGUUGUUAAUCAUGAAUUUUAUUUUUGUUUUGUUUGAUCAUCAUUCUAUUGGUCAAUGCUUAUGGACUUUCAAAAUAUUUCUUGCCACAAUUUGAAGAAUGUAUAGGGUACAAGGAAACACAUUAUGUCUUAAUGACUACUUAAAUAUGUACUUCAGAUACUGCUUGAAAUGGUUUAACUGUAGUAAGGGUGUAUCAUUUGUUAUUUUUGUAUCUUGUUAAUGAUCUACGAAAUAAUGGAUCUUUGGAAAAUUCCUUAAUUAGGCAAAUUUAUUUAACAUGAUGAUGUAAGCUAAUCGUGUCUUGAAUAUAAUUUUCUAGCUUUUAGUUUGCUGUAUUCUCCCAUGCCUUUUUUUAUUCAAUAUCUUUCUUAGUUAUAGGAAUCAUGAGAUGUGUAGAUACAUCUUUUCUGUGAUAAAACAAGCAAAUGAUUGUGCAAUUGAAGCAUUAAUGCAUGAAAUAAUUGAAUGAAUAUAUCACUUUUUGGUGCUGUUUCAUGAGGUUGUUCAUAAGUUACUCAAGAAUUUCACAGUUUACAUCGACUGGUGGCCAUGAUGUUUGUGUUCAAUGAGAUACACCCAUUUUUUUUUCUGUGGGUGUUCAUUUUCUUUAAACCUAAUUAAAAUUUUGAAAAAAUAUUGGAUUUUCCAUUCAGAUACUUGUUUAAAUGGGAAUACUAAUCUAAAAAGAUUGGAAUUCUAAUAUACAAAGAUUGGAAUUCUAAUCUCUAAAGAUUGUAUUUCAACUGUAGCUGAUGAGAAACCUAUUGCUUUACAAUUUGUAUGUCACACUUUUGGACUUAACAUUGUAUUUGUUUUUUAAUCAUUCUUUAUUUCCUAAAAUUGCUGCUCUUGUACAUUAUUCAAUCAUGUAAAUGAUUAAUUCUUCACCUUGCAUAUAUCAUUACACUCUUAGUCGGGGGCCCAUGCAGGCACAAUCAAAUCAUAUUUGGUAUUUCUGUCUAUGCUUUUGCAGAAGUUAACCUGUCUACAAACUUAUGUAAUUCCCAUAGGGUUUGUACAGGGGUUAUUAGGUUCUAGCAGGUAGGGGGUUAAAUGUUAAAGUGAUGCCAAGAAGCACAAUCAUUGGGGUACAACUUUGGAGCUUAGCACAAAAUUGGAUUGUCCAUAUAUUUUUGCUUUAGAGGCAUGAAUUAUCCUCAGGAAUCUACGACAUCAGACCAGCUGACGCUGAAAUGAAAGUCUUUAAAGAGGUUUUACUAUCCUGCUCACCAUCUAUUUUUCCAAAAUCAUGUUUUACUUUGGUGUGGGUCACACAAUUUGAAUAAACUAUA